CACAAUCCCAUCAUCCAUCAUGGCUUCCAAAAAACAACUUAUUAUUCUCUUUCUUUCUCUCCUCACAGUAUUGUCCUUCAUCAUCAAGCCCUCCGAUGCCGUUGAUUCUCCCACAAACAUCAAUGGUGGCAAAAUCGCUGUCUACUGGGGACAAAAUAGCGAAUCCGGUGAAGGCAACUUAACCGCAACAUGCGACUCCGAUCUCUACAACAUCGUCGUCAUCGCAUACCUCCAUGUGUCAGGAAACGACAAAGCCUUAGUAUUGAGCGACCAUUGUCCUGAGGGCAAUUGCACAGUCCUAGCAUCGGAAAUCCAACAUUGUCAAAGCGAAGGCAUUCAAGUCUUUCUUUCCGUCGAAGUAGACAACAUCGAUGACCCGGAGGACCUGGCAAGCUUUCUCUAUAGUGAAUUUCUUAGCGGUGAAUCCGGAUCGGGCCCUCUCGGACUGGUGGCCUUAGACGGCAUUGAUCUUGCCAACCUUGAUUACAGCGCUGAGUCAUGGGUCGACCUUGUGAAAGCAAUCAAUGGUUCAACCCAAGACAGAAAGAUUUACAUAUCAGGAGCUCCACGUUGCGAUUUCACGGGCUUCGACAGCGCAAUCGCUACUGGUCUUGUGGAUUAUCUUUUUGUUUUAUACUAUGACCGGUACGCAACGUGCGAAUAUUUAGGAAAUGGCGACUUCACAGGGCUUCUUGAAUCAUGGUCGACGUGGACAUCCAAGGAAGGUGUAGCUGAUCAUACCUCUGUGUUCUUGGGCUUAGUAGCGUCAGAUGACCCAAAUGCAGCAUCAAGUGGUUACAUAUCACCCGAAGAUCUCAAGUCUGAGGUUCUUCCGUACGUGAAGGAAUCCUCAAACUUCGGUGGAGUCAUGAUCUGGAACAGGUACUAUGAUGAGUUAACAGGUUAUAGUGCUCAGAUCAAGGACGAUUUAGGCACUAUUAAAGUUUGUGAAUGUGUCCAUCGUGCUUCUACGUUGAGGGGAUUCAAGAGUCUCUUGGCCAAAAUUCUGUAAGAUGCAUGGGAUGUAAUAAUAGCUUGACAUAGCUAUAUCUAUGUCUAGCUAGCUAGCUAGGCUUGCAUUUGCAUGCCAGUAUGAGUGUAUGAUCCAUGCAUGUUUUACUACAAUCACAUGUAAUAAUGGAUAUCUCUCUUUAAAUAAAGAUCUACUUUUAUAAAUCUGAGCUUUGAAUAAUGA